GCGUGACAAAGUACUCGUGGGUGAACUCCAAGACGUUUGGCUCCCUCCUUUGCUUCGAGGCCCUCGGCGCUCUCGGAAGCAGCGGCACUCAGGGGAGGAAUUCGCUCUACGAUAUCCUUUCCAGACACCACCUGUGCGUGUUGAGGCCUUUCAAGGAGGCUGAAUUAUCCGUGGCCAUGGACCAGGACCCAAGGACGGGUCGCGUCGAGGUCACCGGUGUAGGACCCGUUACCGACCCGAGCAGCAAUACCCCGAUGGCUUUUACUCUCACUCAGACACACACGUUCUGGCUCGAGCUCAUGGUCAAGAAUUCAAUCAGGCUUUUGCUCUGAACACAAGAUGAAAUGGUGAAGAA